GUCCAGAGCCUCCUAUCAAAAAGACAGUACAUAAAGAGAAAACCAGCAGGUCUUUGGAAUGCAACAAGUAGCACGUACAUCCCAAUCUUCAACUGUCGAUACACAAUCAUCAUGGCGAUAAAGAGAGUUUACUUCCUCGCCCAUGGCGGCGCCGUCCAAGGAGUCGGAUUUCGCUACUUCACCCGGAAACAAGCCGUCCAACACGAGAUAACUGGCUGGGUGCGCAACACCCCCAACAAUAAGGUCGAGGGCGAGGCCCAGGGAGAGGAGGCUGCUCUGUCCGUCUUCCUCAAAGAUGUCGACAAGGGACCCAGGGGAGCCCAUGUCGCCCGUCUGGAUAAGGAGGACCGUGACGUGGUUGACGGAGAGGCCGGGUUUGAGAUCCGGCACUGAGUUCUUUGGGAAUGCGUCUUGAUCAAAUCAUGGAAUAAGCCCAAAGCCGGGGUGUGGUUUUGAACGAAAGACUAGCAAACAAGCGAGCUUUAAUAGUGAUACCCAACUUGUUCUAAAAGAAAAUCUAGAUGCCUUCUAGGUCUGAGCAAAAGCACAAGAAGCCAAGCAACACUCGAUGCCGCCUCGCCCAAUAAUACGCAACAUCCAACUGGAGGCGCAAAGA